AUGCCCAUUUUAACAAUACCAUCAAGUGAAGGUAUGCCCCUACUAACACCACCAACAAGUGAAGGUAUGCCCCUACUAACACCACCAACAAGUGAAGAUAUGCCCACACUAACACCACCAGCAAGUGAAGAUAUGCUCACACUAACACCACCAACAAGUGAAGAUAUGCCCACACAAACACCACCAGCAUGUGAAGAUAUGCCCACACUAACACCACCAACAAGUGAAGGUAUGCCCCUACUAACACCACCAACAAGUGAAGGUAUGCCCCUACUAACACUACCAACAAGUGAAGAUAUGCUCACACUAACACCACCAACAAGUGAAGAUAUGCCCACACUAACACCACCAGCAAGUGAAGAUAUGCCCACACUAACACCACCAGCAAGUGAAGAUAUGCCCACACUAACACCACCAGCAAGUGAAGAUAUGCCCACACUAACACCACCAACAAGUGAAGGUAUGCCCCUACUAAUACCACCAACAAGUGAAGGUAUGCCCCUACUAAUACCACCAACAAGUGAAGAUAUGCCCACACUAACACCACCAACAAGUGAAGAUAUGCCCACACUAACACCACCAACAAGUGAAGAUAUGCCCACACUAACACCACCAACAAGUGAAGGUAUGCCCCUACUAACACCACCAACAAGUGAAGAUAUGCCCACACUAACACCACCAACAAGUGAAGAUAUGCCCACACUAACACCACCAACAAAUGAAGAUAUGCCCACACUAACACCACCAGCAAGUGAAGAUAUGCCCACACUAACACCACCAGCAAGUGAAGAUAUGCCCACACUAACAACACCAGCAAGUGAAGGUAUGCCCACACUAGCACCACCAGCAAGUGAAGAUAUGCCCACACUAACACCACCAGCAAGUGAAGAUAUGCCCACACUAACACCACCAGCAAGUGAAGAUAUGCCCACACUAACACCACCAGCAAGUGAAGAUAUGCCCACACUAACAACACCACUACCUGGUGCCUCAGCCACCUGGCUCCUCAGCUACCUGGCGCCUCAGCCACCUGGCUUCUCAGCUACCUGGCGCCUCAGCCACCUGGCUCCUCAGCUACCUGGCGCCUCAGCCAACUGGCUCCUCAGCUACCUGGCGCCUCAGCCAACUGACUCCUCAGCCACCAGGCUCCUCAGCCACCUGGCGCCUCAGCCACCUGGCGCCUCAGCCACCUGGCGCCUCAGCCACCUGGCGCCUCAGCCACCUGGCGCCUCAGCCACCUGGCUCAUCAGCCACCUGGCUCCUCAGCCACCUGGCUCCUCAGCCACCUGGCUCCUCAGCAACCUGGCGCCUCAGCCACCUGGCGCCUCAGCAACCUGGCGCCUCAGCCACCUGGCUCCUCAGCCACCUGGCUCCUCAGCCACCUGGCGCCUCAGCCACCUGGCGCCUCAGCCACCUGGCUCAUCAGCCACCUGUCUCCUCAGCCACCUGGCGCCUCAGCCACCUGGCGCCUCAGCCACCUGGCUCAUCAGCCACCUGUCUCCUCAGCCACCUGGCGCCUCAGCCACCUGGCGCCUCAGCCACCUGGCUCAUCAGCCACCUGUCUCCUCAGCCACCUGGCUCGUCAGCAACCUGGCGCCUCAGCCACCUGGCGCCUUAGCCACCUGGCUCCUCAGCCACCUGGCUCCUCAGCUACCUGGCGCCUCAGCAACCUGGCUCCUCAGCCACCUGGCGCCUCAGCCACCUGGCGCCUCAGCCACCUGGCGCCUUAGCCACCUGGCUCCUCAGCUACCUGGCGCCUCAGCCACCUGGCGCCUCAGCCACCUGGCGCCUCAGCCACCUGGCGCCUCAGCCACCUGGCGCCUUAGCCACCUGGCUCCUCAGCAACCUGGCUCCUCAGCCAACUAG